UCUCUGUCUUCACCUACUUCUGCCGUCUGGGGCCUGUCGUUUCUGGUGGAUGCUUAUGAAGCUUUGCAUGCAAAGAUGAAGUCUUUCAGCUUUGUUUCACUCAUGCCAGAUCCAAAAGCUAGAUUGUAUUUAUGCAGCCUCUUUGUCACUGCUUCUUUGAUUUGUUGCGUAUACGUCAUUGGAACUGCAUUCCUUGCAAAGGAUGACAUAAUAUUUUCUGGAUUCGGAAUGAAUGACACACAGCAUGAUGCACAGGUUGACAAAUGCAAGGAAAAGUGUCGGCCACUUGGUAGUGAGGCAUUGCCAGAAGGAAUUGUAUCUAGAACUUCUAACUUGGAAAUGCGCCCUUUAUGGGGGAAAAUUAACGAAAAGAGAAAGGUUAAACAUUCAGUAAAUUUGUUGGCUAUACCAGUUGGAAUUAAGCAGAAAGAAUUGGUGAACCAAAUGGUUGAGAAGUUUCUGGGAAACAACUUUGUUGUCAUGCUUUUUCAUUAUGAUGGUAUUGUGGAUGAGUGGAAUGAUUUGGACUGGAGUGGUCGGGUCAUACAUGUCGCUGCCACUAAUCAAACAAAAUGGUGGUUUGCAAAACGUUUCCUACAUCCAGAUAUAGUUUCCGAGUAUGAUUACAUCUUUUUGUGGGAUGAAGACCUUGGAGUUGAAAAUUUUCAUCCAGGAAGGUACUUGUCGAUUGUUAAAGAAGAAGAUCUUGAAAUUUCGCAGCCUGCAUUGGAUGCUGCUAAAUCAAAGGUUCAUCACCAAAUCACUGCACGCAGGAGGAAAUCGAGAGUGCACAGGAGGUUCUUUAAGUUCAAAGGUGGAGGAAGGUGUUUUAGCAACAGCACAGCUCCUCCUUGUGUUGGUUGGGUGGAGAUGAUGGCUCCUGUAUUCUCUAGAGCAGCCUGGCGUUGUGCCUGGUACAUGAUUCAGAAUGACUUGAUCCAUGGAUGGGGCCUGGAUAUGCAGCUUGGUUAUUGUGCGCAGGGUGAUAGGACAAGGAAAGUUGGUGUGGUCGACUCAGAGUAUAUAGUUCACAUGGGUCUUCCUACACUAGGUGGUGUUUUAGGUGGACACAAGCUGACUGAUGAAUCUCCUGAAUCUUCCACACAAACAGAGAAUUUAGCAGACUCGGAUACUUUGGCAACUUCUGUACUCAAUGAGUUUGACAACAGAUCUGCUGUCAGAAGACAAUCCUACAUUGAGAUGAGAAUUUUUAGGAGGAGAUGGAAUAAAGCUGUCAAGGCAGAUCAAUGUUGGGUUGAUCCGUAUAAUAAUCAAGUACAGCAGACAGUUCAUUAGAGCACAGUUCCAUCCUAAAGACUUCAGGACAAACAUGGCUGAUUUUUGUACAGAAACAUACACAUCUCUGGAAACACCGUAAAGAAAAUUUUUUCCUAUACCAUGCAAAGCUGCAUAAUCCUUGAAGAGCUUGGUUCCCAGGUGGUGAUGAUACUGGAUACUGAAACUUUACCGACUGAGCCAGGGAAGAAGCAGCCUUUAACAUUUCUUCUUUGUAAUUGUACAUUUUUUUGAUGUCACAAAUAUGCUAGUUUUGAUUGUAUAGGAUUUACUAUUCCUUAUACAGAUCAAAAAUAGAUGUUUUUUUUUUCCCUAAA